AUGGCCGACGUCAGAGCGUUCCCUCCUCCGCCGACACCUUCGCGCUCUUCCCACAGACUCUGGUGUUGUGGGGCCUCCAGGAAGCACCAGGAAGCACCAGGAAGCACCAGGAAGCACCAGGAAGCACCAGGAAGAACCAGGAAGCACCAGGAAGCACCAGGAAGAACCAGGAAGCACCAGGAAGAACCAGGAAGCACCAGGAAGCACCAGGAUGCACCAGGAAGCACUGCAGAAGGACCAGGAAGCACCACAGAGGGACCAGGGACCACCGCAGAGGGACCAGGAAGCACCACAGAGGGACCAGGAAGCACCGUAGAGGGACUAGGAAGCACCACAGAGGGACCAGGAAGCACCACAGAAGGACCAGGAAGCACCACAGAAGGACCAGGAAGCACCGCAGAGGGACCAGGAAGCACCGCAGAGGGACCAGGAAGCACCGCAGAGGGACCAGGAAGCACCGCAGAGGAACCAGGGACCACCGCAGAAGGACCAGGAAGCACCGCAGAGGGACCAGGAAGCACCACAGAGGAACCAGGGACCACCGCAGAGGGACCAGGGACCACCGCAGAGGGACCAGGGACCACCGCAGAGGGACCAGGGACCACCGCAGAGGGACCAGGGACCAGGGACCACCGCAGAGGGACCAGGGACCACCGCAGAGGGACCAGGGACCACCGCAGAGGGACCAGGGACCACUCACUAUAA